GCCAGUACUGUCAAUGUCAAUGUCAUCGCAUCGAAUUUGAUUUGAUGCCGCCUGCCGUUGCCUGCGGGAGGAGGACGAAGGAAGCCUCGGUAGUUGGUGCAAACAAAACAAGCAAGUGGAACUCGUGUAUUGUGAGCAAGUUUUUUUUUUUACCAAGUCUACAGGCUUGUCGUGAUAUUGAUUUUACCGAUAAUUGAAAAUAGAAGGCCUUUCUAAUUUGAUAUAUUAUUAUUCAGUAAAUAUUGUGUUCUGUUAUAUUAACGUGUGUAAAAUUAGAAUAAGAGAAGUUUAGUUUACUUAGUGGUUUAUCAUCGUAGAAGUAUUGAGAUUGUCAUUGUGUAUCAAGUUCAAGGUUAACUAGGCCGAGUUCAUCAACAGCACAAAGGAUGGUGUAUCAGAGUAAUGCAUUCAGACAUAGUAGCCUAUAUGAUCGAGUGGAGAAGUUGCUUCUCUCAUAUGAAUGGAGUGACUGCAAAUUCACCGUGGCGGGAAGGUACUUCAAAGCACAUAAGUUGAUUCUAGGCAUCAGCAGUCCCGUCUUUGAAGCAAUGUUCUAUGGUCCCCUUUCCACUAAUGAAGAAAUAGCUAUUACUGAUAUUGAACCAGAUAUUUUCCAACUUCUUCUGAAUUAUGUUUAUACAGAUAAAGUUGAAAUACCUUCUAUUGAACAAGCCUUUGAACUACUGUAUGCGUCCAGGAAAUAUUUACUAGAACACUUGUCAGAUCUAUGCAUUGCAUACAUACUAGCUAACAUCAGUACUGACAAUGUUAUCAGAGUCCUGAAUUAUCCUGAUUAUAUGCAAGACCAACAGCUGGUAUCAUUUGCGCUAAAGCUAUUUUGUGAACACGCUAAUUACCUAUUGCAAGAGCAUAAAAACAUGAUCUCAUGUUCAUGUAUGAAAACCAUUUUAGAAAGUGAUCAUAUGAAUAUAUCGGAAAAGACACUGAUUUUACAUGUUUUUCAAUGGACUAUACAUUACUGCAAACAGAAUAAUUUACCUCAAGAUCUGCAAACUAGACAUAAGAUUUUGAUUGAAAAUGGCUUCUUUAAGUUACUAAGAUUUUCUGCUCUUACAGUUAGUGAAUUUGAGGAAAUUAUUGAAAGUAAGGACAAUAUUCUACUACUAGAAGAAUCCAAAGACAUAGGUUCCAUUAUUAAGAAGAAUAAAUCUGACGAUGAACAAUUGUUGAAUGUUAGCAGCCUACAUUCAAUUCCCCGGAGCCCAAUAAAGCUGCAAUGGGACCUCUGCCAUCGCCGCCCGCUGCGGUCCGCUGCUCCCAUUGUCAUAGAUUCUAAUAACUAUGUCAUUAAUAGCAGGGUAAAAGUUAACAAGUCUGUCUUCAUCAACUCUCUAUGUAUACCUACUAGAAUGGCCCCAGUACUAAACUUCCGCAAUAACAUAGGAAACUCAUAUUCGGAACAGUUCUUUGUUACUGUAGAAUGUGAAUCAGAUAAAAGUAUUACUAAAUUAACUAACUUUAUGAACACUGUUGACUAUGACUCUUCAGUUGAAAUUGAGUUGUCUGAGCCAUACUUAGUUAAAAAAGAUAAAUGGUAUAAAAUAAUUUUCCAGUGGUCGCAAACAUUCGACGCAAUUACGUAUGUUGUCGAAUACCGUGAUCGGGUUUUUAGUGAUCAUAAAGUUAGUUUUGAGUUUGAUGAUAUGUCUCCCAGUGCCAGAGUCAGUGGAAGUUUCCUUGGAGGGUUAAAGUAUUGUUUGUAAUUUAUAUUUAUUAACACACAUACUUGUAUUGUGAUUGUAAAUCUCAGUAUUAAUUUUUAAACAGCUUAAUUUCGAUGUGUAAAUAAAUUAAUGAUAGUUACAGUAAUCUCUAUUUAUAACUAGGAUCUGGAUCAUGCCUACUCUACUACACUAAUUUAUUGACAUAUUCAUUUUCCCUAUUGUUAUUGUAGAAUGUGUUAUCUGGCCACCUGUUUGCAUGUUCGUGAUAGACUUUCGUGAUUAAUUUUAGGCCGAUUUUGAUGUAUGCUCUGUGUAAUAUUAUCUUGGGGAUGGUUUUAGAUUUGUCUUGUAUGUUAGUAUAUUACGGGAACAGAGGGCCUUCCGUGAAAACUGAAAUUCGCAAAUUGCGGAGAUCUUUUUCUUUUACUAAAAGGAAGGUGUAAUUAGAGUGACAGAGAAAGAUGCCCGCAAUUUGCGAACUUCGCUGUUAUAACCUAAUUUAUUUUCCGGUCUUCUGAUGAUGUUUAAAAGUAGCUCAACAGAGGCCCUACCGAAACCGAAAUUCGAUAUUUCUUUAUCUGCUUCUCUAUCCCUCGGAUGUGCAAGAGCAAUAGAGAAGCAGAUAACGUUUUUCGAAAUACACAGCUUAGGGUCUUCAGUUUUGGUCACGUAGUCAAUAUCCUCUAGGGAAAUCUGGCGCUUUUCCGAGCUUUAUUCAAAUAUGGCGCGCAGCGUUUAGCACGUUUGAAACUCACAACAACUCAGUGUAGCCAGACUGGCGCAAAGUAUUAUUUUUUUAACUUUCUAGUUGAAAAAUAAAUGUUUAAAGUCACUGUCGUCAGGGAUAGUGCAAAUCCACAUAACAGGCACUGGCUGGGCACUGAUAGAUACUGUGAAAAAUGGGCCACGUAGUAUGGCCAUAUUCGCUAUCGGAUCGGUAGGCCCUCAGUUCAUAAAACCGGAAUUGUGUAUCUCGUAAACGUGUUGUCCUAUUAAUCUGAGUAAUAAUUAGGUGGCUUAAUUCAUUAAAUCUACUUACCAACCCAAAAA